UCUGAUCAUGAUUAUGCAAAGAAAGCUCCUGCUUCCUCCUCUGUGUCUCAGAGACCCUCAGGAGUAACUCCAGGGAGGAUGAAAGCUGGAGAGUCAUCCCAUCCCUUGCUCAGGUGCGAAAUCCCCUGCCCUCUGCCUGGCACUGAUAGGGACGGAUCAGUUUCUCUGCCUGGAGGGGCAGCCUCCUGUGGCCUGGAUGCAUUGGAGCCUGAACACAGGAACAGAAGGUAUCCUCCCUCCCCGGGGUCUCUCUGUUGGGCUCACAAAGUGACCAAAGCCAAAUGCUGGUCUGUGACAGAAAGAGGAGGCAGACACAUCGGGGAACUGAGAAGUACUCUGAAGCGCCCCACUCACCAUGCUGUGAGGAGAAAGUUGGCCACAUCCCUGGCAACUGCUGCUUCUCUUAGACUGGGAAAGGGACACUUGCUUGUUUCUAUCAGACUCAUGGACACUACCAAGAAAAGAGGCCAGUCUGAGGCAUUUAGUGUUUGUUGAAACACAGAGGUUUAACUGGUGAUUGAGGUACAUAGGCUGAUAUAAAGAACAUGGACUUGAGAAUCUGAUGGGUUUUGUUCAAAGUUAGGACUAAGCUACUGACUAACCACCCUGCUAAUUGUCUUCGGGAAGUUAUUUAACCUCUCUGAACCUCAGCUUAUGCAUAAAAUAGGACACUAGCACACAGUGGGCUACACUAACACACAGUGGGCUAUCUAUCCAUAUACAUAUUUGUUGAAUUGAAAUGGGAGUAUUCAAAAUCAUUUGGGUUGCUGGCUUAAAGGAAGCAGAAUAAUUCAACACCUGUCCAUCUGGAAUCUAAUUGUCCAGUUUGGAGUUUUAAACAUAACAAAGAUCCUAGUGAGCUAAUAUUAUUGGGAUAAUCCUAAAAUGUAUUAGGAGGUCUGCAAGCUGCACGAUGAUUGUAUACUGGAGGAAAUGCACAAUGCACACAGACCUUCCUAAGGGUAAAAGACUGAUAUGAAUUUGCAGCACUACUUAAUUAUGAAUCACUGUUGCAUGACCACACACACACAAACAUACAAACACAGAACUCACACUAUAAGAAAGGAGGGGUAAAUCAUGACAUUUGACCAAAAUGAGCUCUUGUAGAGCUCAGCAAUGAGGCUAAGUUUCCUCCCUAAUAUCUUGACAGGCUAGAGUAUACACAGGCUUUUAAGUCAUGUACUUAUGAUCCAAACACUAGCAGACAUUUAACUGGAGUCCAGAAGCAUUUUGUCAAGAAGGAAAAGGACUAACCAAA